UCUCAUUCCACCCCUGUCUCUUUCUCUCCUUCCUCAUCCAUCACUCCGCUCCCCUCCCCUAUUAUACACACCAGCAGCCAUGCAUCACUCCUUCGGUGCGUUUCCUCUCCACUUCAUUCUGUUCAUCUCUCCGCUCAGUAUACAUCCACCUCCAGCAGCAGUAUGGACAGCACCGUUUCAGCGUACUCUGAGAAGCUGAGAGAGAUGUCAGUGUUGUCUCUCAUCUGCUCUUGUUUGUAUUCCCAACCUCAUCCCAACACCUUCGGGCAGUUCGAAGAUAUGGAGGUGAAAUCUCUGAACAAGCGAGCAUCUGGUCAGGCCUUUGAGGUCAUCCUCAAGAGUCCCAUGGCCCUGUCUCCAGAGAGACCCCAGACCCUGGCACUGCCAACCCAGAAGAAGGAGCCCUCACUGGGGGAACUCCAGAGGAGACUGGAGGCUGCGGAGGAGAGAAGAAAAUCUCAGGAGAAGCAGGUCCUGCAGCAGUUGGCAGAGAAACGGGAGCGCGAGAGGGAGGUGCUCAAUAAGGCCCAGGAAGUGAACAACAACUUCAGCAAGAUGGCUGAGGAGAAACUCAACCAGAAAAUGGAGCUGAUCACAGAAAACCGCAUGGCCCAUCUCAACGCUCUCAAGCAGCGUCUGAGAGAGAAGGAGAUCCAUGCUGCUGAAGUGCGCAGGAAUAAGGGACUUCACACUGAGCUUUCCGGCUAAGACACACCCCAAACCCCAUCCAAUCAUGACUGAAUUUGGAUAAGGUCACUUUCUUAGGGCAAACUGUCUUGAAGAAUUCAUACCAGACUCACAGUGUUGAUUUUCCUCAAAUCUGAACAUAUUUAACAUUCUACAAAUGUCCCUGCUGAAACGCAACACUUUAGACCAGUUUCAAUUCCGAGUUGGUUUUAACUGGACGUAUAUGGGCAAAGUCUAGUUCUGUUGCACAUAGACCAACUUAACCACUAUAGCUAUUAUGGGUGACAAGGUAAAACCAGCAUGAAAGUGCCCAAGCUGGUCUAUGCUGUUUAUUAGCAGGGCAAAACUUACAAUAAGCUAAACUCUUAUCUGCCCUGCACUUUAUCGGAUUUGACUGAUUAACAUUGGUAGUUUAGAAUCAUUUCAGACUUUAGACUGUGUUUCAGUGACCAACCAGAAAAAUGUCUAAGCUUAGUGCUGCUAACUGAAUGCUGAAAAUCAAACCGAAUAACAAUAUUAAAACA